AGCAGGCUUAUAGAUUUACCUUGUGAUCAACAAUAUGCGUAACUUUUUCUACUUUGUCACUUAAAUCUUUCAUUGUAACAGAUGGCUCUGCCAAUUGUAAAUAAAUGAUUACGUUAUAACGUUUCUUUUUCCACAAAUGGUUAUUAAGCAUUUAUUAAGCGAUCGUGUAUGCGGUUCUUGAAGUAUUCUCUACCAAAACGGGUGUAUGAUAAAACAAACGUGUUUUAUGUUGGCGAAAAAAUUUAAUACAUCGGAGAAUGAAAUGUUGUAGGUUCUACAUUCACGUUAAGACGUUUAUUAAUUAGUACAGAAUAGACUUAAAGAACAAAGAAGAAUCGACUGUUCGAAGAGCUGAUAUUUUUUGGUCUCUGCUGUUCUGCAAACACGUUCCAGCAGGUUUUCGAUGGCCAAUAUAUUUACACAAAUGUAUGAAGAAGAAUCUAUUAUUUUACAAUACACUCACAUAUAACUAAACCCCCCGUUAUGUAACUCUCCAAUUAUGUAACUUUAGCUUGGUAGCACUGUCUGUACAAGAGAUAUAAGCAAAACGUCAAGUCAGAGCAAUACAGUUCUCGCACAACUCUCGUCGUCGUUGCGAUUUACUCUAUUAAUCCAUCAAUCGCCGGAACAACGUCUCAUUCAAAAUGUGGUCCGUGGUCGUCACGCUUGUCAGUGUGCUAUAUAUAUUAAUACCAACUACGCAAUCUCAUGCUCUAUGCGAAGAUCCACAAGGCCGUCAAGGCAUGUGCGUCAAUAUCAAAAGAUGCUCAAGGUUAUUAAAUUAUCUGCAAUCAAAUCUUCAUGAUCCUCAAAUAGGUGACUACCUUCGUUCUUUCUCUUGUGGUUUCGAAGGUUCAGAUCCUCUGGUCUGUUGUUCAAACAAUGGAGGUAACGACGUGGACUAUGGAGAUCGACAAAAACCCCUUACAACUGAGUACGGUCCUCUGUAUCCGCCCGAAUGCGGCUUCUCUAAUGUGUCGCAGCACAGAUUCAUUGGUGGCGAGCCGGCUCCAUUAGGUGCUUGGCCUUGGAUCACCAUUCUGGGUUACACGGAUUCGCAAGAUCCGAAUGCCACGAGAUGGCUUUGCGGCGGUGUCCUGAUUUCGAGACGACACGUACUCACUGCUGGACAUUGCGUACACAGACGCAAUGAUUUGUACAAAGUGCGCGUCGGCGACUUGGAUUUGAAUAAUGACAACGACGGAGCAUAUCCGUUUGAGGACUUUAUUGAGAGACGAGUGGUACAUCCUCAAUACGAUCCCACAACUUACACGAACGAUAUAGCGGUUCUCAAGACGACUCGAGAUGUGCCGUUUACACUAAAACUUCAUCCCAUUUGUCUCCCAGCGGAUAGUCAUCAUCGAAACAGAAAUUUGUCGGAUACAUUUCCACUCGUCGCCGGAUGGGGAUCCAUUUCUUUCCAUGAACCCAUGUCCAGUCAUCUGAUGCAAAUACAAAUUCCUAUACGUCCGGUACAAGAUUGUAAAGACACCUACCAGAACCUUGGGACAACUGUGACAGAUAAUGAUUUUUUGUGUGCAGGCUUUAAAAUAAAUCCCCGAAAAUAUCAGGGUGACAAUGGAGGACCAUUGAUGUCUCCUAGUGACAUAACAAAUGGUAUAUAUUAUGUUAUUGGGGUGCUAUCUUAUAGCUCCAAUUACACUAAUCAACAUCCUCGUGUAUACACGAAAGUUACAAGUUUCCUCGAAUUUAUCACCGGAGAAAUGGUAUAAAUUAAACUGAUAUUAAAUUGAUCCACGCGAAAAAUUAACAGUGGAGUCUCGGAAAGUUCGUUGUAAAAUAAUUUUUCUUAUGAGAUUGCGAUAACCGCGUGUAUUCUCAUACACAUAUAGACACACACACAACUACCCUCUCAAAUCAAGCAUUAAAAACAAAUUUGCGUCCGUGAUACACUCAAUGCUUUCUUUUUUACUUUGUUACUUAAUCUACAUAUGCGAAUCAAUAUUUCGUGCGGAAUGCACAUUGCCGAACUUUUAUAACAACUCUAAAAAUCUAUUGCCGAGAAGGUUUAUGUAGUUACAUUGUGAUCAACUCUACGUUAUUUUUUCCACUUCGACGUUUGGAACUUUCGUCGUAACAUGUGACGUUGCCAAUUGUAAAUAAAUAAAUAAUUACAUUACGUUA